AUGAACUCUGAGGGCCGCUAUAGACCAGCGUGUUGACGAGGGAGUGCGCGUCUUACCAGCUGCAUGUUCCCUCGGCAUAAUGAACACUCGGCACAGAGGAAAGACAUGACGCGGUCGGUGUGCUGAAUAAAAGAUCAUAAGGGAAAACAGCUCUAAUCGGUUUCGUCCAAAUAUCUGGGAUAUACUUUGUGAAUUUAGGCCAUUGGGCCUCGGCUGGAUUUUUUUUUUUCUUUUGACUUACAGACAAAUCGGUGGAAAUCGCGGAGAAAACAGUCUGAUAGAACAAUGAAAGGACGAACGCUGCUGUGUUUUGCCCUCGUUUUCUUUUCCUCGGCGACUGGACAAGUAAGCUACACGAUACCGGAGGAAAUGCCAAAGGGAUCAUUAGUGGGUAACAUAGCGCAUGAUUUAGGUUUGGAAACCAAGCGCCUAAUGUCUGGCAAAGCCCGCAUUUACACCUCUGACCACGACGAAUACAUCGAGCUGAACAGAGAAAGAGGAGUCCUCCUCGUUAAAGAGAGAAUCGACAGAGAGCUGAUCUGCAAGCAGACGACGCCCUGCGCCUUGCAUUUUCAGAUCAUUCUGGAAAAUCCCAUGCAGUUUUACACGAUCACUGUCCAGGUCACCGAUAUUAAUGAUAACCCACCGACAUUUGAAGGAGACAAAAUUGAAUUAAAAAUGAGCGAGUCAGCGGUGGUUGGAUCAAAAUAUGAACUGGAAAGGGCUCUUGAUCUGGAUGUGGGAAGAAAUGGUCUUCAAAGGUAUGAAUUAAAACCGACAGAUAAUUUUGCUCUAAAUUCGCAUAGUAAAAUUGAUGACAGUAAAAACGUUGAGAUGGUGUUACAGAAGCCUUUAGAUAGAGAGAAACAGGAUCAGAUAAAUCUGGUGUUGACAGCUAUAGAUGGAGGAGAGCCGCAUAUGUCAGGAACGAUGCUGAUUGUUAUCACAGUUUUAGAUGCAAAUGAUAAUGCUCCUGUUUUUACACAGAAAACUUAUAAAGCUACAGUCCGUGAAAACUCAUCAGUUGGAACAAAUGUUGCAACUGUGAGAGCGACUGAUGCGGAUCAGGGCUCCAACAGUAAAAUAACAUAUUCCAUAACAAAUAAAUUGGAUAAUGUGAGGAAAAUCUUUAAUAUAAAUUAUGAAAAUGGGGACAUUACUUUAAUUGGAAAUUUAGACUUUGAAGAAUCGCGUAAUUUUCAAAUAAAUUUACGUGCAAGUGACGAAGGAGGGUUAACUGAUUAUUCUAAGUUAAUUGUUGAUGUGCAGGAUGUGAAUGACAACCAGCCAGAAAUUAACAUAAUGUCAAAGUCAAACGUGAUAGCAGAAGAUGCCACUCUUAACACUGUGGUUACAAUGAUCCAUAUUGAAGACAAGGACACAGGGGAUAAUGGGAAAAUUAACUGUUUUAUUAGCGAGAAUGUAGAAUUUACAUUGGAGUCGUCAGCUAAUAACUUUUACAGCUUGGUGACAGACAGUGGACUAGACAGAGAAAAACACCCUGAGUAUAACAUCACAGUGACCUGCUCUGAUGAAGGAGUCCCCUCCCUCUCCAGCAGCGUCACCCUCACCUUGCAGAUCUCUGAUGUGAAUGACAACGCUCCUGUCUUUGAGAGGAGCUCCUAUGAGGCCCACAUUGUAGAAAACAACACACCAGGUCUCUCUAUAUUCACAGUGAAAGCCACAGAUGCUGACUGGAACCAGAAUGCCCGUGUUUCUUACAUACUGGAGGACUCCUCUGUUAACGGAGUACCAGUCUCCUCAUAUGUGUCCGUCAGUGCUGAUAGUGGAGUCAUCCAUGCAGUGCGCUCUUUUGACUACGAGCAGAUCAAAGAUUUCCAGUUCCGCAUCAAAGCGCAAGAUGGAGGCUCUCCUCCACUCAGCAGCAACGUGACUGUGAAAAUGCUGAUCCAGGACCAGAACGAUAACCCUCCUCAGGUUCUGUACCCGGUCCAGACUGGUGGCUCUGUGGUAGCUGAAAUGGUGCCUCGUUCAGCAGAUGUGGGCUACCUGGUGACUAAAGUGGUGGCUGUAGAUGUGGACUCUGGACAGAACGCCUGGCUCUCCUAUAAACUGCAGAAAGCCACAGACAGGGCGCUGUUUGAAGUGGGCUCACAGAAUGGAGAAAUAAGAACAAUCCGUCAGGUGACUGAUAAAGAUGCUGUGAAACAGAGACUGACUGUGAUAGUGGAGGACAACGGGCAGCCCUCUCGUUCAGCUACAGUCAUUGUUAACGUGGCGGUGGCGGACAGCUUCCCUGAAGUGCUGUCCGAGUUCACUGACUUUCCUCACGAUAAGGAGUACAAUGACAACCUGACUUUUUACUUGGUCUUGGCUCUGGCUGUGGUCUCCUUCCUCUUCAUCACGUGUUUAGUGGUUAUUAUAUCAGUCAAGAUCUACAGAUGGAGACAGUCUCGCAUCCUGUAUCACUCCAACCUCCCUGUGAUUCCAUAUUAUCCUCCACGUUACUCAGACACUUUGGGAACAGGGACUCUGCCACACGUGUACAAUUACGAGGUGUGCAGGACCACUGACUCCAGAAAGAGUGACAAUAAGUUUGGAGGAGCUGGUGGUCAGAACGUGUUGAUAAUGGACCCCAGUUCUACAGGAACCAUGCAGCGGAUACAGAGUGAGAAGAGCAUCCUGGAUGAACCUGACUCUCCUAUAGAGGUUAGUUAUUAUAGUCAGAUAUGUAUUUGUUACAGUUCUACAACUAUUUAUUUUUUCAUUUGAAUAUUUUGUUCCCAC